UUCCAGAAGGAGCUAUUUGCUGCCAGAGAUACAGACUCCAUGCACAACCUCUCUGCUCAGCCCUGGCAGGCGAAGAUGGCCAACCUGACCUAUGACAACUUCACCCUGAGCAACCACUCUGAGGUGGCUAUCCAGCCUCCCACCAACUACAAGACAGUGGAGCUGGUUUUCAUCGCCACCGUCACCGGCUCACUCAGCCUGGUCACCGUGGUGGGGAACAUCCUGGUGAUGCUGUCCAUCAAGGUGAACCGCCAGCUCCAGACUGUCAACAACUACUUCCUCUUCAGCCUCGCCUGCGCAGACCUCAUCAUCGGGGUCUUCUCCAUGAACCUCUACACGGUCUACAUCAUCAAAGGCUACUGGCCGCUGGGGGCCGUGGUGUGCGACCUGUGGCUGGCCCUGGACUAUGUGGUGAGCAACGCCUCUGUCAUGAACUUACUCAUUAUCAGCUUUGACCGGUACUUCUGUGUCACCAAGCCCCUGACGUACCCAGCCAGGAGGACCACCAAGAUGGCGGGGCUAAUGAUUGCAGCUGCGUGGAUAUUGUCCUUCAUUCUCUGGGCCCCUGCCAUCUUGUUCUGGCAGUUCAUUGUGGGCAAGAGGACAGUCCGUGAGAGGGAAUGCUACAUCCAGUUCCUCUCCAACCCGGCGGUGACCUUCGGCACGGCCAUUGCUGCUUUCUACCUGCCUGUGGUCAUCAUGACAGUGCUGUACAUCCACAUCUCCCUGGCCAGCAGGAGCAGGGUGAGGAGGCACAAGCCUGAAAGCAGGAAAGAGAGGAAAGGCAAGUCCCUCAGCUUCUUCAAGGGCCCCCUGAUUAAACAGAACAACAACAACUCACCCAAGAGGGCUGUGGAGGUGAAGGAGGAGGUGAGGAAUGGGAAAGUGGAUGACCAGCCCUCAGCACAGACAGAGGCCACUGGCCAUCAGGAGGAGAAGGAGACUUCCAACGAAUCCAGCACGGUCAGCAUGACCCAGACCACAAAAGACAGGCCCACAACAGAAAUCUUGCCAGUGGGGCAAGGACAGAGCCCAUCCCACCCCCGGGUGAACCCGUCUUCCAAGUGGUCCAAGAUUAAAAUCGUCACCAAGCAGACUGGGACCGAAUGUGUCACUGCCAUCGAGAUUGUCCCAGCUAAGGCAGGAGCCUCUGACCACAACUCCCUGGCCAACAGCCGCCCGGCCAAUGUUGCCAGGAAGUUUGCCAGCAUCGCCAGAAGCCAAGUACGGAAGAAGCGCCAAAUGGCAGCCCGGGAGAAGAAAGUCACCCGGACCAUAUUUGCCAUCCUACUAGCCUUCAUACUCACAUGGACUCCGUACAAUGUGAUGGUCCUCAUUAACACCUUCUGUGAGACCUGCGUACCUGAAACAGUGUGGUCCAUCGGCUACUGGCUCUGCUAUGUCAACAGCACCAUCAACCCAGCCUGCUACGCUCUCUGCAAUGCCACUUUCAAGAAAACCUUCAAGCACCUUCUCAUGUGCCAGUACAGGAACAUUGGCACAGCCAGAUAA